ACGAAUCCAAGAAGAAACAUGUCCCCAUCAAAUGGUUUCUUCCUCCUCUCCCUCUUGCUUCUUUUCUCAAUCCUCCAUGCUGCUUCUUUUCCUACUAAAAUAGUGGACAAGGUCUGCAAGCGAACUUCAAAUUACUCCUUCUGUGUGGAGUCUCUUUACUCAGAUUCACGCACCCCAGAAGCUGAUCAAUACACACUGGCCUUCGUUGCUGUUAGAUUAGCAUACUUGAGUGCCUCAACCACCCGAGACUUCAUAACUCAACUGCUCAAGAAUGAAAACCAGAAACCUCUCCAAAUAUGCAUCGGCGACUAUAACAUGGCUGUUUCUGCUAUUAUAAUGGCAGACAACGACUUGAAUUCUGAGACCUUCGAGUUGGCUGAUUUGGCCAACAAAGCUGCUGCCGCUGCUGAUGAUUGCGAGGCUGCCUUUAAAGGAAACCAGUCGCGACCAUUGGGAAACAAGAAUAAGGAUUUAAAGGGUCUGUGUGAAAUUUUUGGGGUCAUUGGUAGAUUAUUUACUGGACAUUAA